CGGUUUCGGUUAGUGAAACAGAAAUCAGAUCAGAUCUGACCUGAUCACAUAAGGAGUGUGUAGUAAUGAGAGUUCCUCCGGCGGCCUUCGACGACGAUGGCCGCAAGGCCAGCCUUAGCGGCGGAGGGUUCAGAGACGCUGAAGCCCUCUUCCGUUCCAAACCAAUCUCCGAAAUCCGCAAUGCCGAGUCCACCACUCGCUCCCACAUCCACCAGAAACAAGAGGAGCUCCGCCUCCUCGUCGGCACUCGCUAUCGCGAUCUCAUCGACUCCGCAGACUCCAUUCUCCUCAUGAAACGCUCUUCCCAAGCCAUCUCCUCCAAUCUAUCCUCCGUCCACCAUUCCAUUCUCUCCUUGUCCGAUCACCACCACCCCCUCGAUCAUUCCAAAACCUCUUCUCUCUCCCACCACCACCGGAUCUACGCCAUCGCUUGCCGCGUCAAGUAUCUUGUCGACACACCUGAGAACAUUUGGGGCUGCCUCGACGAGUCUAUGUUCCUCGAAGCCGCCACGCGCUACGUGCGCGCCCUUCACGUCCACCUCCUUCUCGAUUCCGCCGAUUCCGAACACCGCCGUUUUCUCUCUCAUUUCCCUCUACUCCAGCAUCAGUGGCAGAUUGUCGAUAGCUUUAAGGCACAGAUCUCUCAGCGCGCCCGCGACCGCCUCUUCGAUCGCCACCUUCCCGUCGGAUCUUAUGCCGAUGCCUUGGCCGCCGUCGCCGCCAUUGAUGAUCUCCUUCCCGAUCAAGCUCUCGCUCUCUUUCUCGAUUCCAGGAAGUCGUGGGUUUCCCAAACCUUGGCUGCCUGCCCUCCCGAUGCCGAUUGCUCUGCCGUUAUCUCCGUCUUCUGCGAGGUUUUGAGGACAAUUCAGGUCACCAUCGGCCAGGUGGGUGAGCUUUUCUUACGGGUUUUGAAUGACAUGCCUUUGUUUUAUAAGGUUGUGUUGGAUUCGCCUCCUGCAUCUCAGCUGUUCGGCGGAAUUCCCAACCCGGAGGAGGAAGUUAAGUUGUGGAAUUCGUUCAGAGAAAAGCUGGAGUCAGUCAUGGCAAUUCUCGACAGGGACUACAUUGCCAAGGCUUGUUCUUUGUGGUUGAGGGACUGCGGGAGAGAGAUGGUUGACAAGAUCAAUGGCAGAUUUCUGAUUGACGCCGUGGGCAGUGGCCGGGAGCUUGCCUUGGCCGAGAAAUUGAUACGGGAGACAAUGGAAAGCAAGGAGGUGUUGGAAGGGAGUCUGGAGUGGCUCAAGAACGUUUUCGGCUCUGACAUCGAGUUGCCUUGGAGUCGAAUGCGGGAGCUCGUUUUGGGAGAGGAUUCGGAUCUGUGGGAUGACAUUUUCGAAGAGGCAUUUGUUGGUAGGAUGAAAGUGAUAGUCAGCUCUAGGUUUGAGGAGCUGGCUAGGACGGUGAAAGUGGCAGACGCCGUUAGCUCUGCUGCCAGUGGUGAUGGGAUUGAUUUUAAAGGUUACUUAAACCGACCCUUUAAUGGUGGCGGUGUUUGGUUCAUAGACUCCAAUUCUAGGAAGCCAAUGUCUGGGUUAAAGUCCAUUCCCCCCGAAGAGUAUGAGUUUAGGAGUUGUCUUAAUGCCUAUCUUGGUCCCCAGAUUAGUGAGAUCAGAGAUGCUGUGGAUAAUUGCUGCCAGAGCCUUCUGGAGGACCUUCUGAGUUUCUUGGAAUCGCCAAAGGCAUCUCUAAGGUUGAAGAAUCUUGCACCGUAUUUGCAAUCCAAGUGCUACGAUUGUCUUUCGACUAUAUUGCAGCAACUCAAAGAGGAGCUUCAAAAUUUGGAUGCUGCCAUGGAAAAUGGCAAAGACAAGGACGGUCGGCCCAUUUCUGCUGCUAUAACAGUUGAAAGGGCCCUUUUCAUUGGAAGACUAUUGUUUGCAUUCCUAAAUCAUUCCAAACAUGUUCCUGUCGUACUUGGUCCUCCGAGGUUUUGGGUUAGUGACACUAUGUCUGCUGUUUUCGAUAGGUUGCCCUCCUUGUUUAGGCAGUCCAGAGCUGGAACCGAUUUUCCUGCAGUUGAUGGGUCCGGAAAGCAAAACCGCACUUCCUCUAAGAAACAGACCUCAUCAGCCACUGCUGCAUUGCUUGGAGCCGCUGAAAGUGCAAGCCCCAAACUCGAAGAACUUACUUCCACUUUACGAGAUCUUUGUAUCAGAGCUCAUGGCUUGUGGAUAUCGUGGUUGUCUAAUGAGCUUUCAAUUAUUCUGUCGCGUGAGCUUGGACAUGAUGAUGCUUUGUCAUCGACAACUCCAUUGAGGGGCUGGGAGGAGACAGUAGUCAAGCAAGAGCAAUCUGAUGAUAGCCAAUCGGAGAUGAAAAUAUUGCUUCCAUCUAUGCCUUCUCUCUAUAUUGUGUCAUUUCUCUUUCGUGCUUGUGAAGAAGUUCACCGAAUUGGUGGUCAUGUACUUGACAGAACCAUUCUGCAAAAAUUUGCUUUAAGCCUAUUGGAAAAAGUGAAUGGUAUUUAUGAGGACUUUCUUUCUACCAGGGAAGAGAGUGGAUCUCAAGUUUCAGAGAAAGGAGUUCUGCAGGUCUUGCUGGACUUGAGAUUUGUUGCUGAUGUUCUUUCAGGAGGUGAUUCUGUUUUGAUUGAGGAAUCAUUUAGAGUCCCAAGAGCAAGAACUGCUUUCAGACGAAAGCAGGAUCAAACCCAAACAAAGUCAGUGACUAGAGAGCAUGUUGACAGGUUGAUGACUCGUCUUUCUCAGAGAUUGGAUCCCAUAGACUGGCUCACGUAUGAGCCGUAUCUUUGGGAAAAUGAGAGGCAGUCAUACCAACGGAAUGCUGUCCUUUUUGGUUUCUUUGUCCAACUCAAUCGCAUGUACACGGAUACUGUUCAGAAACUACCUACUAAUUCAGAGUCUAAUAUCAUGAGAUGCUCUUCAGUUCCUCGCUUCAAAUACCUUCCUAUCAGCGCUCCAGCAUUGUCAGCAAGAGGGGCAACUAAGGCUUCUAUAUCGACAUCUUCAGAAGAUAUCUCAUCAAGAAGUUCCUGGAAAGCUUAUACAAACGGAGAGCUUCCUGACAAGAUUGAUAUGGACGACGACUCUAGUUUCGGGGUUGCAACACCAUUCUUAAAAUCUUUCAUGCAGGUUGGAAGCACACUGAAAUUGGGAUCCAUACUUAAAGACGGGCAAGUUGGGAUAUUCAAAGACAGAUCAACUGCAGCAAUGUCAACAUUUGGCGACAUUCUACCUGCUCAAGCUGCAGGUCUCCUUUCAUCCUUCACCGCAUCCAAAUCAGACUCGUGAUUGGCCUUGGAAUCCUUGAAUGUGUAUGCUACUACUUCCGAAGGAUGCGUUUUAUUUCACCGGAGGGCAAACUUUCAAAAUUCGUUGAGCAGAGAUCGUACGUACGUCGGGGGAGGGUAUCCAAAUCCAAUUCCCACCAAAAGGGUAUGUUUUUAUAAUGAAAACAUACAAAAGAAUAAAUUGCCAGUGUUAUUGGGAAAGGAAUUGAAUGGAUAUGGCUAAAAAGAAUUUGUUUUGAGGAGGGAUGUUGAUGUAGAAUAGAAGAUAACUGAAAAUGAAGUCAAAGACGCAAACUUACAUGGACUGAGAGAAAUCUUAUGAAGUGAGUUUCAGUUGACUACAUCUAUACAUCCUAUCUUGAAAAAGAAAAGGUUCCAACUUUGUUUUUGUUUGAACUCCUGAGGGAAUGGGAUUUUCACCAGAAUAAUUGAAUCGAUUGGUUUGGCUGGCUGUGUGCAUAUAGAAAUCAAAGAUAGAGGAAGGACACCGGCGUGGGAUGAGAUCAUUCUUUCAGCUUAUUACAUGCAAAUGUGUUAAAAAAAUAUUGAAAGAGAAUGUAUGUUUCUUCUUUCUUUUGUAUCAAAAUCAAUGAUGAGCUCAGCUCUCUGUCCAGGGGAAUUCUUUUUCUUAUAACAUAUAUAUAUAUAUACACUAGUACACCACCA